AUCUCAUUUUUACAUGUAUUUUAAAAUUUAAAUUUCUGUGCGCGCUGCUCACAAACAGUGUCGCUACUAUCAUCUAGGAGUCGAUAGUUUGUUCGAUAAUUCUGUAUUUGUUCGUUAGAUGGUAUUACUGAUAUUUUUUGGCGGAAACAUGUGUGGCAGUUACCAUUCUGCAUGUUACUCAUACUAAUGUACACGAAUAUACGUAUAAUAAAUAUAUAAAAACAUUGCGUUGUUUGGUUUUUCAUUUUUAAAACGUUAUUUCACUGUACUAAUAACACUUCUGACAGAAGAAUUUUAUUAGUAUUUUUCUUUACUAUAAAAUAUCUUCAAAAAUGUCUUCUUUAACUAAACCAAAAUCUGAGAUGACACCAGAGGAAUUAGCCAAAAGAGAGGAGGAAGAAUUUAAUACUGGACCACUUUCAGUAUUAACACAAUCUGUUAAAAAUAAUACUCAAGUUCUAAUUAAUUGUCGGAAUAAUAAGAAAUUGUUAGGAAGAGUAAAAGCGUUUGAUAGGCAUUGUAAUAUGGUUUUGGAAAAUGUGAAAGAAAUGUGGACUGAACUUCCUCGUACAGGGAAAGGAAAAAAGAAGGCAAAACCAGUGAAUAAGGAUAGGUUUAUAUCAAAAAUGUUUCUGCGAGGAGAUUCAGUAAUUCUAGUUCUAAGAAAUCCCUUGGCAACUGCAUCAGGAAAGUAAUUUUUUAAUAAUUUUCAUACUUUGUAAUUUAUGAUAAAAGUGAUGGACUGGAAUAAAAUUUUUACUGU